CCAUCCAAUCAGGUAAAUUCACAAUUUGUGGUGGUGACUCAGUUGGAAAGCAAAGUGAGAAUGUCAAUUUUUAUGCUAGAAAAUUUAACAAGAAUUUAAUUAGCAAUUCAAUUGAGAAAACAAAACAGAAUUUAUUACAAGAAAAGAGUGCAAUUUUUUUAUUCUAUACAACGGGCUAUACUUUUGUUGCAUACGCAAUAAAAGACUGAGAGACUCAUACAAAGGAGGACAAGUGCGAUUAGAAAAAAGCUACGCAGAGGCGAAAAAUUCAAGUAACCAGCCCAGCCCCGAAUACGCAAGCAAACGACGUAAACUACUCCAUUCACUCCCCAAGCCAGCGAAGUAAUUAUUGUUGACAAUAUUACUUUGAAGUGAAGUGAUAAUUAGUUCAAAACAAUUAUCGGAAGAAACUAAAGGAGCCACUGCCGCUGUGUACCUUUCAAAAAAAAGCAAUAAAAAAACAACAGCAACAAAAUGUCUGGAGAUUUUGCAAAUCCUUUGCGUAAAUUCAAAUUGGUCUUUUUGGGCGAACAGAGUGUGGGCAAAACAUCGCUAAUUACACGCUUCAUGUACGACAGUUUCGACAACACCUACCAGGCCACCAUUGGCAUUGAUUUCCUUUCAAAGACUAUGUACUUGGAAGAUCGUACAGUGCGCUUACAGCUGUGGGAUACUGCUGGUCAGGAACGUUUCCGUUCCCUUAUACCAUCAUAUAUACGGGAUUCGACCGUGGCAGUUGUGGUCUAUGAUAUCACCAACACAAAUUCAUUCCAUCAAACGUCCAAAUGGAUCGAUGACGUGCGAACUGAAAGAGGCAGUGAUGUCAUUAUCAUGUUAGUGGGCAAUAAAACAGAUCUCUCGGACAAACGGCAAGUGUCGACGGAGGAGGGCGAACGCAAAGCGAAAGAGUUGAAUGUUAUGUUUAUUGAGACAAGUGCCAAAGCCGGCUAUAACGUAAAACAGCUGUUUCGACGUGUGGCAGCUGCAUUGCCGGGUAUGGACUCGGCGACAGAGAAUAAGCCAAACGAAGAUAUGCAAGAAAUCACUCUUGACACACAGAAAGAGACAAAAGAUCCUGAGGGAGGCUGUGCCUGCUGAAUGCUGCCGUUGAUAUCAGUUCUAACUUCAACAUUUCAUUGAUUCCUCCUCCAAUUGUCGUUGACGUCGGCCCCUACUCCCAAAACAUUCAUUUCACCCAAACCAAAUUCAUAUACUAUGAAUGAUGACAUACCAGGCUAGCAGAGGGAAAUCUAUCAACAAUGCCUAAGAGGGCAUUGUUCAUUGUUUUCUUCUGUUUUUAUAAGGCAACAUCCUCUCAAUUUCCAUAGCGAAAACAAGACUUUGUGGAACUUAAUUUUUUAAACUAGUAAAGUAGCUAAAAAUUAACCCUAACACAAGAAACAAAGUGGAAUAAAAUAUUUUUAAAAAAGAAACAAGCCAAAAUGUGUGUUGUGUACACAGUUUUCAAAAUAUAUACGGGAAAGUAAUUUUAUAUUUCAAAUGGAUUUGUUUUUAUCGACAUACAUACAUAUUUUUAAAACUGACUUUCAAUCACUUUUAAUGGCAACUUCACACACACACAUUUUUAUAUAUAUUCUUACAUUCAUUUCUACUAUACAUUUAUUAUUUUUUAAAGAUAUAUGUAAUAUUUAAGUUUAUUUAUAACGUAAAAUAAAUAAAUAAAUAAAUACUUAUAAUAACACAAGGAAAAUGAAAAUUAAUAAGAAAAUCCAUUUAAAAUAAAAGCAAAGGAAUGACAUGGCUUAUGUUUUUCUUUAUGUCGUCAGUGUAAGUCUUCUUUAUGAAAUUUUGUUAUUAUAUGUUUUAAGUCGGCUAUUAGAGUUAGAGGAACUUUUUUCUUAUUAUCCAUCCUUAAUCAUAUUUUUUACUUUCUAGAACAAUGAUAUGCCCAUUUAGAAUUUUUAGUGAUAUACUACAAUAUACUUGUUGUGCGAACACAAAAUUGUCAUAUCAAGUCCAUUGUUUGCAAUUUAGUUAAUUUUAACUUGUUCUGUUGUUGUGUCCAUAUAUGAAUUUAAUAAUGCAAAGCAAAUUAAAUAUUUCUUAACCUCAUAAAUUAAUAUAAUCUGAAAUUUGUUUCGAAA